CCCAUUAGCAAUUUUCCGGCUAGGGUUUUUAUCCACCACUAUCCGUCACACCACACCUUUCACUCCACCGGAAAACCAUGGUAGGCUUCCAAAUCGUCGACGUUCCAUUCAACCUCGACGGUUGGGGACCACCGGAAUCCACCACCACCUCCACCCUCAACCACCACUCAAACCACGUCCCCUACGCCCCAUUCUCCCGCUCCGACAAGCUCGGCCGCAUUGCCGAUUGGACCAGAUCCAACUACAACAACCCUAACCGCAACAACAACCGCAACUCCGCCGAUUCCGCCUUCGAUUUCACCAUUGACGACGGCCUAAACCCCGACGACGACUCCACCUUCCAACUCGUCGACGGAAAGCCUCCGCCGCGUCCUAAGUUCGGUCCGAAAUGGCGGUUCAACAACAACCGCAACCAGCUACCGCAGCGCCGUGACGAGGAGGUGGAGGCGCGUAAGCGCGAGGCGGAGAAGCAACGCGCGAGACGUGACCGUGUGUUCCACGCGCGCGGUGGUCAAAAUCAAAACCCUAGGCGUGAAGCUGCUGUGUUAAAAUCGUCGGUUGAUAUUCAACCGGAGUGGAAUAUGAUCGACCAGAUUCCGUUUUCAACGUUUUCAAAACUUUCGUAUACUGUUUCUGAACCAGAAGAUUUAACAACUUGUGGAUCUGUUGAAUAUUAUGAUAAAAGUUACGAUAAAACGACGCCGAAGAGUGAACGGAGAUUGGAGAGGUUUAAGAACAGGAAUUUUUUUAAAGUUACUACUACGGAUGAUCCGGUUAUUAGACGGCUAGCGAAUGAGGAUAAGGCAACUGUGUUUGCGACUGAUUCGAUACUUUCAACGUUGAUGUGCGCGCCUCGGUCGGUUUACAGUUGGGAUAUAGUGGUCCAGCGGGUUGGGAAUAAGUUGUUUUUCGAUAAACGAGAGGGAUCGCAGUUGGAUUUGUUGUCGGUUAAUGAGACAAGUCAAGAGCCUUUGCCGGAGGCAAAGGAUGAUAUUAAUUCGGCACAUUCGUUGUCGGUUGAGGCGGUUUAUGUUAAUCAGAAUUUUUCGCAGCAGGUGUUGGUUAGAGAUGGGAAGAAAGUCGGGUUUGAGGAAGGGAAUCCGUUUGCGGCGGAGGGUGAGGAAGUGGCGUCGGUUGGGUAUCGGUAUAGGCGGUGGAAGCUCGAUAAUGAUGUGUCGUUGGUUGUGCGGUGUGAGGUGCAGAGCAUUAUUGAGGUUAAUGAUAAGAAGAGUUACAUGACUGUGAAUGCGUUGAACGAGUUUGAUCCGAAGUAUUCGGGUGUGGAUUGGAGGAAGAAGUUGGAUACGCAACGUGGUGCGGUUUUAGCGACUGAGUUGAAGAACAAUGCGAAUAAGAUGGCUAAGUGGACCGCACAAGCGAUAUUGGCUAGUGCGGAUAUGAUGAAAUUGGGGUACGUGACUAGGGUUCAUCCUCGUGAUCAUUUUAAUCAUGUGAUAUUGGCGGUUGUUGGGUAUAAGCCAAAGGAGUUUGCUGGGCAGAUUAACUUGAAUACGUCGAAUAUGUGGGGGAUAGUGAAGGCGAUUGUGGAUUUGUGUAUGAAGUUGAAUGAAGGAAAGUAUGUUCUUGUGAAGGAUCCGCAGAAGCCUCAAGUUAGAAUUUAUGAAGUUCCGGCUGAUGCUUUUGAGAAUGAUUAUGUGGAAGAGCCUUUGCCUGAGGAUGAACAAGUUCAACCUCCUUUUGAAAAUGGUGAAGAAAAUGGAGCUGCAAACGAUGUUGAAAACAAGGAACUUAAAUCCGAAGCAUAGAAGGAUCUCAUUUGGAAUUUUAGUGGCACAUGUUAAAGUCCUGCUGCUGGCUUAUUGGUGAUGUUGGGUGCAGACAUCAAAGUUUUGUUUGGUUUUCUGGCAAUGAAUUGUUUAGUCAUGUUAUGGAUUUAUUUGUUGAGGAUUUUGAUUUAAGGAAAAGGCCAAAUUUAAAGUUUUCCAUCAGACAUUUAAUCUCGCUAAUUUGUUG